UCUGUUGCUUUGAUCUAGAUAACCGGUUUUUUCUCCCCCAGUUUUCUUCUGUUUUUCUCUCUGUCCACCAGGAUGCCACGCAAGGGACGACGCUCUGAGGCCGCCAAGAAGAGAUGGAGGACCCUGGACCAGGAGGACCUGCAGAGCAGCCAGCCGGACGUCGCCAAGCCCAGGACAUCCCCACCCACCGCGCAGGCUUGGACCCCCACCCAGUCUCCGGAGAAGAAGAUGUCCCGACUGCUGGAGUCCCCGGGCCAGGUGGUUUGCCAGGAGGAGCCCCGUAGGCCAUUGACCUCUCUUGUGUCAUGCCGUGGGACGGGGCGUCGCCAUCGCGUCGUGAAGUGGCCGUUUUCCCCUGUGACUUACCGUAGUCACAAGUUGGUCCUGCCAGCCGUGGUCCCGGAGAAGAGGUUUGUUCUUUUGGUUGGUGACUCCCAUCUGCGUGCUUACGUUGAUGAGUUUGUCUCCAUGCCAGAGGGCAACCUCUCCUUUGGGUUUCUUGCAACCCCCGGGGCCUCGGCGGACGAGUUGAGGCGUGAGGUGCUGGGAGCAGUUCUGCCUCGGACCCCCGAGGUAGUCUGUCUUCUGGCACCCGGCAACAACUUGGAAGCCAGAAGGACCGUGCAGCAGUCGGGCGCGGACUUCGAGGGGCUGCUGCUCGCCGUCGGCAACCUCUGCCCUAACGUGGUUGUUGUGGACUUUCCUCCACGUCUAACCGUGGAGGAAGACCACCAACAGCUGCUCCGGCAGGAGUACCACCGUGUGGCUGCUCGGAGAAAUGUUCGCUACCUCUCGGUAGUUGAACAUUUCCCGCGGAGCUGCUUGGACAUGUGGAGCAGGGAUGGCGUUCACCUGAGCGACCAUCCUGGGAUGGAGGUCCUUGCUCAGUUGCUGUGGGAUGCGUCCUACACGCAACUUGAGUUAAGUGCACCGACAUCUCCAGCUCCACCUCCUGCUCCUGUGACGCCUCCUUCCCCCGUGGUGAGACGUUCCCCCCCCAGGCUGGUUGUGGUCGGCGAGGUUCCAGCUCCGCGUCCUUCGGACCCUUUCGCUUGGACUGUUGUCCGUGGUGGCCAGAGGACGUCGCGCCAGGUCCAGAGGGGUGAUGGCUCUCCACACAUCACUGGGAGGAUGGUUGACCAACAGGGAGACCUGCUGGACUCGACCAUUCCCCCGAAUCCUGUGUGGUUCAGCCCAACGGUGCUGGAGGAGAUGGACCGGAUCGUUCCUGCGUCUGGCCGUGACGCUCCGUUACCGACGCGUGCUCUGAAGGGGAAGAAGAAAGCCAGUGUGAGACGUCGUCCACGACCCGAUCCCUCCAAGCCGAGACCGGAGGAGCUGCAGGUGGAGGGAGCUCCGACUGAGAGGACCAGGCCAGCCCGUCGCCAGCCCAGGAGAGCCGCCCCCACGUUGGAGGUUGAUGCCCCCGCCGAGUCCUCUCCCGCGCCUCUGGAGGACCAUGUCAGGGAUGACAGCUGCCAGGUGGAGGGAGCUCCGACUGAGAGGUCCAGGCCAGCCCGUCGCCAGCCCAGGAGAGCCGCCCCCACGUUGGAGGUUGAUGCCCCCGCCAAGUCCUCUCCCACGCCUCUGGAGGACCAUGUCAGGGAUAACAGCUGCCAGGCUUCUUCGUUGGAACCCUGUGCCAGCGGUCCGCCUGUCCAGACUGUGAGGGCCACACAUUGCCAGGCUGACUACAGAUACGUUCUUUUAAGCUCUUCAUAGUUCUGCCCUCAAACCUGAUGGGAGCUAAACCCAA